AUGUGCGCCGCGGCCAUAGCCAAGAACCCCGUCAACGGCCCUGCACCGGACGAGCCCGGUAACGGGGACAUCACCACAAUCUGGUAUUCGGGCUGCUACACGCUCUUCGCUCUGGCAAAGGAAGGCCUGAGUCCCAAACAGAAGUGGCUGCCACCUAUGCGAAUUGUGGUCAAAGACCUUGGCAGCGACAUGAUACGGCUACUGAUCGACAUCGCCUACCAUAUUCCCCUCCUUGAACUUGUAACACAGCACAACAUCGGAGAGGUGCUCGAUCUCACCGAAAUGCUACAGGUCAGGCUAAGCCACCUACUUAACCACUGCGUGAACUUCCUCAAGCGUGACAACCAGCCGGAGAGCUGCAUAGACAAUUACUACCUGGUGUCCAGUCGCGGCUAUAACCACCUUGCCAAUGAAGCCUUUCGCUACCUGCUUCGAAACUUCGAUCAGGUGUGGAAGAACAGUACCCAGUUUGAGGCCCUUACACCCGAGGAGAUGCGCGCUAUCCUGGAGGAUAGCCGGAUGCACUCGCUGACCAGAAACUCUUUGCCGGUUGGCGAAGUGACCGGUAUCGACCUGUCCCAUAAGAUGUGGCUCACGCCUCGGAUUCCCAAGCACAUACUCUUAGUGUUCGGUGGGUGGACAGACGGCGCCACGAACGUCAUGAGCACGUACAAUUAUCGCGCCGCCAAGUGGCGCGUCAUCGGCAACCAGUACACCUCGCCUAGGUCGUACCACGGCGUGGUGGUGAUCAACCAGUGCAUCUACGUCGUGGGCGGUUUCAACGGCCGUGAGUGCUACCACUCGGUCGUGUGCUACGAGGGGCACAUCUACGCCAUGGGUGGCUACGAUGGCACCUGGCGUAUCAAAACGGCGGAGCGCUAUGACGUCAAGAAAAAUAACUGGACCGAGAUUGCCAACAUGCAUGAAACCCGCAGCGAUGCCAGCGCCGCCACCGCUUGUGGACGCGUCUACAUCAUGGGCGGCUACACGGGCCUCUCGGUCCUAGAUUCCGUGGAGUUUUACGAUCCAUCCACCAACAUCUGGACCCAAGUGCCACCCAUGCCUUGGCGACGCAGUGGCCACAAGUUGUUAGCGUACAAGGACAUAAUCUACAUAAUUGGCGGCUUCAACGGCGUCGCACGCGUUUCUACCUUGCAGCAGUUCGACCCGCAAAAAAUAAAUACAUCCAGCUGCCCAACAUUCCCAACCCCAAAAGCAACUUCACCGCAGCAAUCCUGGAAGGCGCUAUAUAUCUACGUCAUCAGGGGCUUCAAUGGAACGACGACCGUGUCACUCGUGGAGAGGUAUGACAUCGAAUCCCGCAAAUGGUUCAUGGUGCCUGAGAUGCCCACCAGAAUGAGUGCAUGCUCAGCGGCCGUCAUUGAGGAUGUCGCCAACCCCGGAACGACGACCGUGUCACUCGUGGAGAGGUAUGACAUCGAAUCCCGCAAAUGGUUCAUAGUGCCCGAGAUGCCCACCAGAAUCAGUGCAUGCUCAGCGGCCGUCAUUGAGGAUGUCACCAACCCCGCUGCAGUGGCAGCAGCAGUUUGA